AUGAUGAAUCUUCGCUCUGCAUGUGUGUCUGCGCCUGGCAAGGUGCUACUUGUUGGAGGGUACGUGGUGCUGGACGAGCAGUAUUCGGGGCUCGUUCUCUCCAGCACUGCGAGGUUUUAUUCUCAAGUGGAAGCCAAGACUCUGGGUGAUGAGGAUGAAAUUCCUGCUUCCUCAAGUGAAUGGCGUCGACUGUUCUCGUUGGCUGUGGAGAGUAAGCAAUUUGAUCAGUUAAUUGACGGUUGGAUCGAGGAAAAUGGCGGCGGACGAUUCCGAUUUCAGCUCAGGCAGAAUUCGCAUCGCAACUCGUACAUCGAGGAGACAGUGCUAUGUGCGGUGAAUGGCAUUGCCGGAUUGGAGGAGUUCAAGAGCAAUGAUAUGUUCCAACGGCUAAAAGGGAUGAAGUUGGGUGUUCAUGUUACGCUUCGGGGUGAUAAUGACUUCUACUCGCAAGUGCAGAGGUUGCAAGAUGCCAAGUUGCCACUCCGUCGCGACAACUUGAGGGCACUCGAGGCAUUCCUUCCUCCCACAAUGGAAGAGCGUGGUGGCAAGCAGGUUGCUCUAAAGACAGGUAUGGGGAGCUCUGCCGCUCUCGUGACGUCCCUGGUUGCGGCUCUUGCGGCAUUUUUUGUGCCAAACAUGAACUUCGAUGAGAAGCAACAGCACCUUGAAGUGGUUCACAACCUUGCCCAGUUAAGUCACUGUUACGUGCAGCGCAAGAUCGGAAGCGGUUUUGAUGUCUCGGCGGCUUGCUUCGGUUCACAGCAGUAUACGCGUUUCCCGGCAUCAAUUCUGAACGAAUUCACGUCUGAAGAUGCGAUGAGACCCAAUGAAAUUGCGCGUUGCAUUACGAACCAUACGUUGUGGAACACUUCCAACCGCGUGAAACCUGUUCGCCUGCCUUCAAGCUUCCACUUACUGAUGGGAGACGUGUCGUCUGGUUCAGCGACUGUGUCAAUGGUUCGACAGGUGUUGAAGUGGCAAAAACAGCAACCUGGUGAAGCAAAGAGAGUGAUGGAUGAAAUUCACCACCACAAUCUAGAGGUCGAGCAGGGAUUUGCGGAAAUCUGCGAGCUGGAAGAAAACGACAACACUCCCAUUAAUUGGGAAGCCUUGGCUACUCAACGCGGUGAACAGUGGAGUACGACAGACGCUAAGGUUGGGGCCGUUCUUCUGAAACUCAGUGAAGCCUUUUCUUGUUUCCGAGACCUUAUGCGCGAAAUGGGAGCUGCAGCUGGAGUCCCUAUCGAGCCACCCGAGCAGACUGCUAUCCUCGACGCAACGCUAGCGAUCCCUGGUGUUCUUCUUGCUGGGGUCCCUGGAGCGGGUGGAUACGACGCGAUUUGUGUGGUGGUGAUUCAUGAACGUGCUCUUAGCGCAGUUGAAGAUUUGUGGGUUCAAUGGCCAACAACGCACCCCGAUUCCAUUAUUUGCCCGCUGCUGUGCGACAUCGACCGUGGUCUGGCUGGGGCUUCGUCUGUGAAGUCUGGGCUUCAACUCCACUCCACCGUCGCUAAAUGCACGAAAGGAGGAGCCGAAUAA